AUGGAAGGACAGCAAAAAGAAUUCAUUUAUGAUAAACCACCACCACCACCUGGAACUGUAACUGGAUCUGGAUCUGUUAGGAAUUCCCUAGAUUCGUCUGACAAUACUGUUGAUAACGGAAUGAACCAUACACAAAAGAGAAACCAUCCUUCUGCAAACAGGGGAUCCUCGAGAAGAGCUCGAGGAGGACGCAAUUUUCGGGGAGGUGGUCCUCGUGGACAGCAUGGGGCUGGAGACAAUGUAGUGGACGGUAUUGAGUAUUUACGGAAGAGAAACAUCUCCUUGAAUACACCAGAAGAAAUUGAUAGUUGGAUCCAAGAACGGAAAAGAAACUGGCCUACGGAGAAAAAUAUGAUGUUAAAAAAGGAGAAAAGCGUAAAUGAUAGCAAAGAAAAAGAAGAAGUUAAAGAUAACUCUCAACCUGCAGCUUCAAGUGGACCUGCGAAGCGUCAAGCUGCUUCUGUUUCCCAUGUACCGUCCUCUGCAAAAAAGAGACGGAAUCUAUACUCAAAGCUCGUCAGUAAUCAAGUUGAACAGGAAAAUAUCUUUCUACUUGAAUUUUUUAAAGUCUUGACUGAGCGAUCAACGACAAGUACAUGA